AUGAAAGUUGAAAACAAAUUACGAGACAAAAUAUAUAAACGGAUUUUAAAUAAAAAAGGAGAAGAAGAUGGAGAAGGAGGAAUAGAUUUCAAUAAAUUAGUUGAGUCCAAUGUUGAAAAGUUAGAUAUAAAUGAAAAUGAUAAAAAUUUGAUAAAAACAAAAUGGGUUAAUAUAUUAAAAAGGAAUGCUGAAAAAUAUGGGAAAGUAUCAGAUGGUAAUAAGAUCAAAAUAUAUAAUACAGGAUAUUCAUGUUUUAAAAAUAUAUUAAAAUCUAUAGAUAAAUGUAAAAAAAGAGUUUGGUUUGAAUCUUAUAUAUUUGAUGAUUCCGAUUUUGCUGAACAAGUAGUAAAUAGUUUAUGUAAUGCAUCGAAAAGAGGAUGUGAUGUUAUUUUAUUAGUCGACUAUAUUGGAAGUUUAAAAUUGAAAACUAAAUGGGUUAAUGAACUUAAAGAAAAUAAUGUUAAUGUUAUAUUUUUUAAUACAUUCUUAAAUUCAUUCUUAAAUAUAUUACCUAUAUUUUUUCGAGAUCAUAGAAAAAUUAUUAUUCUUGACGACUCAGCAUAUUGUGGGUCUAUGAAUGUUUCAGAAAAUGUCAUACCAAACAUUUCAAAUAUUAUUAAAACUGAUAAAAAUGAAAAAGUACUUGAUAUUGAAAAGGGGUAUCAACAUGAUGAUGCAUUAACUGAUAACGAGCAAGAAACAUUUACAAAUGGUGUAUUGGGAAAACAAAAUAAAUGUUUAGAAUAUUAUGAUCUUCAUAUUAAAUUAAAAGGACCAGCAGUAAAAGAUUUAGCAGAUGUAUUUAUAGAUUCUCUAAAAAUGGCAAAUACAGAUAUUAUACGUGAACCUAUAGAAAACCAAAAAAAAUAUGACGAUGAUGAUUCUUCAUGCUAUGUACAAGUACUAGAAUCAAAUGUGUUAAGAAAAGUUAAAUCAAUUCAAUCUUCCUUUGAAUAUAUUAUAAAAAAUGGAGCUACUAAUAAUAUAUAUAUUACAACUAGCUAUUUUUUACCUCCAGGAUUUUUAAGACGAGCUUUAUUUUAUGCUUUAUCAAAUGGCGUAAAUAUUUCUUUUCUAUUCUCUGGAAAUUCAGAUAUUUUUGGUGAUGUACCAGCCACAUAUUAUAUCAUUAAAAAAUUUUUGAAAAAAUUUAGCAAAGAAAAAGAAAAACCACUACAUUACGACUCACCAAGUGAUCCUGAAAAAGUGUACGAUAUCGAGAACAGACUUAUAAAUAAAUAUCAUAGUGAUAUACAUUCAAAAAAAGAUAAACUAUUAAAAUGGAAAAAAAUUAAUUUUAAUGAUUUUAAAAAACAUGUAGAACAUAAAUUUGGAGAUAAUUUAUUACUAAGAAAUAAAAAUAAAGGAACUAGCGAAUUUUAUUUUUUUGAAAAUAAACAUUGUCAUGCAAAAAAUAUUGUUGUUGAUAAUUUGUGGUGUUCUAUUGGUUCAUUUAAUUGGGAUCGAUUUUCAUCAAGACGGAAUUUAGAAGUUAUGGUAUCUAUUUUUGACAAAAAUAUAUCUGAUAAAUUUAUUAAAGAACAUGAAGAAAAAAAAUUAUAUAAUUCAAAACAAAUAACAUUAUCAAAUAUAAAUAAUAGAAACGUCUUUCAAAUUUUAUUUAGCUAUUGUGCAUAUCAUAUUGGAAAACUUACUGGAAAAAAUAUACUCGAUGGUCUAUCUAAUAAUAAUAAAAAAACAAUUCUUCGAAAAGCCAUCGUAAAUAAAUAUCUUUCAGACAACUGUAUCGAACACAUCUCUUUAAACAUGAUGUGGGGGACGUAA